GGAAAGGUUUCCCAGCAUCCUCUCUGAUUUGCGAAGUGAUGUCGGCCAUCUUGGAUUGUAGCGGGGAAGAAAGAUUGAUGCGGUGACACGAGGUAUGUUUGGUGCUAACCGGAAGAAGUUUAUGGAGGGGGGGGUGGAGAACGACUACGCGGACGACUCAAGCCUCUACUACAGCCAGCAGUCCAUGUUCCCUCCACACCGCCCAGAUAAAGAUAUGUUGGUGUCUUCCUCUGCUUCCUCUACGGGUCAACUGUCACAGCUGGGAGCCAGUUUAUAUGGUCCGCAGAGUGCGUUGGGGUUUCCCAUGCGUGGUAUGAACAGCAGCGCAGCACCUCAGUUAAGUCGAAGUGGUCUGAACCAGUCUGCCAGCCAGCUCUCCAGUCAUGCCAGUACACCCAACUCUGGAACAAUGCACACUCCUCCAUCACCGAGCAGGGGCAUCCUGCCGAUGAACAGCCGGAGUGUCCUGAACCACAGUCAGCAGGUGGGCGGUCCCACGGGUCAAGCGGGAGGGAUGGGGGGUGGCAGCGGCGACAGGGGGGGUGGCGGCGGAGGAGGGAGGAGCGGCAGCAUGGGGAGUCCCAGCCGGUCGUCGCCCAGCAUCAUCGGGAUGCCCAAACAGCAGCAGGCACGGCAGCCGUUCACGAUCAACAGUAUGUCAGGGUUUGGGGUGAACAGGAAUCCCGGCUUCAACCUAAACAACUCGUUAUCCAACAACAUCUUCAAUGGAACAGACGGCAGUGAGAACGUGACGGGGCUGGACCUGUCGGAUUUCCCCGUGUUAGCAGAGAGGAGUCGGAGGGACGGAGGUUCGAAUCCCACCCCGCUGCUCAACCCGCUGGCCGGUCGGGCGCCUUACGGUGGGAUUGGCAUGGUCACCAAGCCGUCCAGUGAGCAGUCACAAGACUUCUCGAUCCACAACGAGGACUUCCCAGCGCUCCCAGGGCCCAACUACCAGUCAAAAGACCCCACCAGCACCAGCGAAGACAGCAAAACGAAUCUGAACUCGUCAGGAAAGUCCACCUCCAACUCAGAUGGUCCAAAGUUCCCCGGGGACAAGAGCUCUGCACCGAGUAACAACAACCAGCAGAAGAAAGGGAUCCAGGUUCUUCCUGACGGGCGAGUGACCAACAUCCCGCUGGGCAUGGUAACGGACCAGUUUGGAAUGAUUGGCUUGUUGACGUUCAUCCGGGCGGCGGAGACGGACCCUGGCAUGGUCCACCUGGCGCUGGGCUCUGACCUCACGACGCUGGGCCUCAACCUCAACUCACCAGAGAAUCUCUACCCCAAGUUUGCGUCUCCCUGGGCGUCGGCUCCAUGUCGACCGCAGGAUAUCGACUUCCACGUCCCGUCAGAGUAUUUAACCAACAUCCACAUAAGGGACAAGUUAGCAGCUAUCAAGUUGUCUCGAUACGGUGAAGAUCUGCUGUUUUAUCUCUACUAUAUGAACGGUGGAGACCUACUACAACUGCUGGCUGCAGUAGAACUCUUUAACAGGGACUGGCGGUAUCACAAAGAAGAGCGGGUGUGGAUCACUCGGGCUCCGGGGAUGGAGCCCACGCUGAAGACCAACGCCUACGAGAGAGGGACCUACUACUUCUUCGACUGCAUCAACUGGAGAAAAGUGGCCAAGGAGUUUCAUCUGGAGUACGACAAACUAGAAGAACGGCCUCACGUUCCCUCCACCUUCAACUACAAUCCUGCCCAGCAGGCCUUCUGAUUGGCUGUCCCUCCUCCUGCCUGCCUGCCAUUGGCCCUCCUGGCUCAUCCAUCACCCCCGUCUAGGUUUUAUUCCACCUCCACACACAUUUAAAGUGAAUCUGGCCGUGAAGGAGUCGGGACAGGAGAGGGCGUCCCGUCUCUUGACCUCUUAAGACUUUAUCAUUUUAACUUGACCGAUUCUUCUUUGUUCUUUACCUCAUUUUAUUUUGUUUUUAACUUUAUUUCCCACCCUCCCUCCAUGGGUUUGGUUCUGUUUUGUGGAGCACAGACUAAAUGUCAACAGACAGCACAGUACAACAAUCACAGACACGAGUGCUGUAAAUAACUGUCCAUCUGAUCGAGUGAUUGUCGUUUCUACUCCGUCUUUCAGAAUCUACUAUUUUUUUGUCAAGAGAAGCUUUUAAGAAGAAGCAGAUUUUAACACAGAACAAAGGAUUCGAUCACAAACGUCAGGAUGGAUAAUUAUUUCACUCUGUGUCUGAAGAACUCAAGAUAUUUAUCAUUUUUCUUUAUUUUUACCAGGUUUCUCCAACUUUACACAUCAGAGCACACACAUCAGCAAACAGUGGACAGUCAGGAGAGGAAAUGCAAUGUACAUUGUAGCACUAUUUCAUAAUAAAAGGAGAAAAAACA